UGCGUCACCGCCAUUGUCAGGGCGGCGUGCCGCGGCCCGCUGCGGCACAAUCUUUUUUCCUCGUCAGAUUAUCGCGCCGAUUAUCUAAAGUCGCAUCUUUGCACCACUCAUGUAAAUAACGCUUCCUUACUUUCUACGGCUUACUUUCUCUCGCUCAGUAGGAAGUGCCAGGCUCGGUGAAGUAUGUCUCGGUACAUUCACUUAUGUCGCAACACAAAGAUGAAUAUUUUAUAUGCAUUGAAAUUACAUUCGUAGCUUUUGUUUUGGCAAACCAAGAUAGGUCAUUACCCAAUGAAAGGCCGAGCACACACUGGCCGUGUGUAUCUGGUUAUCUCCGGACGUCGUAGCGGGAAUCCCAGCCAGCCUGUCCACCUUGAGCACACCUAGUCUUACGGCCACGGCCACGUGCGCGAUGGGCGCCUUGACCCACCUGCCUGGAUCUUGAGCAACUAACACACAAGUAGCUAAGCAGUGCAGCGCGUACCUCGAGCCUGGACAGUGCGGUCAUUAAUGUCGUAGGCUUGAACGGGAAUAAGUGUGUUGUUCAGUGACUAAUUCAUCGUACUCGGUCAUCGGCAGUGGGUGCAAUGGAUUCAGAUGGCAUUGACUUUGACGACGUGCUGCCCCACGUGGGCGAGUUCGGCAAAUAUCACUGGCUGCUCUUCUUCGGGCUCGCCCCUGUCUGCCUCAACCUGGCGCUCAUCUACUUCGUGCAGUUCUUCAUCACGCUGGAGCCUGAUCACUGGUGCGCCGUGGAGGUCCUCCAGAACAGCGGCCUCAGCGUCGAGCAAAGACGAGCCCUCAGCGUGCCCUUCACCAAGGAUGCUCUGGGCGUGGAGGUGCGGAGCCGCUGCCAGGUGUACGACGUGGACUACCUGGCGCUACUUCGGGAGGGCGUGACCACCGCCAACACGUCCUGGCCGGUGCGUGACUGCCAGGCGUGGGAGUACAACCUCUCCAACUCAGGGAACUACCACAGCAUCGUCUCCGAGCUAGACUGGGUGUGCUCCAGGGAGUGGUACGCGACGCUGGCCCAGUCCAUGUUCUUCCUCGGGGCGGUGUUCGGCGGGCUGCUCUUCGGCUGGGUGGCAGACAGGUUCGGUCGCGUGCCGGUGCUGGUGGCGACGAACAUGCUCGGCGCCUUGGCUUCUGUGCUGACGGCGCUCUCCACCUCCCUCGGCGACUUCCUCUUCUACAGGUUUCUGGCGGGCAUGACCUUCGACAACAUAUUCGUCAUGAUGUAUGUCUUGGUGCUGGAGUACAUUGGACCCCUCCGCCGGACGCUGGUCGCCAACCUCUCCAUCGCUCUCUUCUACAUGGGGGGCACGGUGAUGCUGCCGUGGCUGGCGCUCUGGGUUGCUAACUGGCGCCUCCUCACCGCCGUCUCCGCCAUCCCCAUGAUCGCCGCCUGCCUCGCCCACUGGCUGCUCCCGGAGAGUGCUCGCUGGCUGCUCUCUCAAGGCCGUGUGGACGAGACGAUCAAGAUACUUAAGUCCAUCGCUCACCUCAACGGCAAAGUCAUCCCUGACAGGGUGCUCGACGACCUCAAGCGGAGCGCCCAGAAGGACAAGGAGGAAGGGGCCGACCCACACCUCAGCGCCUCAAUCUUCGACCUCUUCAAGACCCCGAGACUCCGCCGCACCACCAUCGCCGUCAGCCUCCUCUGGAUGUUGCUCAGCAUAGUGUACGACGGACACGCGAGGAACGUGGCUCACCUUCCCCUGAACGUGUUCGUGGCCUUCACCGUGGCCUCAGCGACGGAGCUCCCCGCUGACCUCUUCCUCAUCUUCACCCUGGACCGCUGGGGACGUCGCUGGCUGGCCUGCGGAACCCUCGUGGCCUCCGGACUCUUCAGCAUCCUCACCCUCGCUUUCCCAGGCAACGGCUUGGCGGUGGCCGUGCUGGCGAUUCUGGGGCGGUUCUGCGUCAACAUCACGUACAACAUCGGCCUCCAGUACGCCGCCGAGCUGCUCCCGACGGUGGUGCGGGCCCAGGGCGUCGCCGGCGUGCACAUCGCUGGAUACUUCUCUGCGCUCCUGUCGCCCGUCGUUGUGUAUAUGGGCUCGAUCAACACCUUCAUCCCGCUGGCCAUCUUGGGCGUGGCGUCGGUGGUCGGCGGUUGCGUCGCUCUCUUGCUGCCGGAGACGCUACACCGAGACCUGCCACAGACGCUCGCCGACGGGGAGGAGUUCGGGAAGGACCAGAGCUUCUGCUACUUCCCCUGCCUAGUCCAGGACAAACAAUCCCGCCAGCCGCUCAGCCUCGGGGAGAUCGGGCAGCAGCCGUCCUUCAUCCGGCACCGGUCCAGCCUCCGAGCGUCCCUCCGCGGGGAGACCUACCGCUCCUCCCUCAUCAGACACCGGAAGGAGUUCAUCUACCUGCCCGCGGUGAAGUGAGGCACUUGGCACUUCUCAUCUGGGGUGGAGUAAGGCACCUUGGACCUUGCUCGCCCCUACCUUACCUCACGGAAGUUUGUCCUCUCCAUGGUUGUCUAAAGGUACCCAGUUUAGCUCUCCUCGCCCCCUCCUUCUCACCUACGGGAGUUUGUUUACCUGCCCGUAGUGUAGUAAAGCUCCUGCCCCCGCACCUCACCCCACUACCUUACCUAAUACUACUUUACCUUGUCCGCAGUAGUUCCUCACCUCCCUCUCCCUCUUCCCAGCCUCGCCUCACCCCCACAGAGGACAGAUGGAGAGUCACGUUCCUCGAGCUACACGGUGUAUAUUGUAUUGCUGGGCAUUGUGGUUGUAGUAUUGUAAUUUGUAUUUGUUUCGCUGCUCAUGGUCAUUGUUUGUGCGGCUUAUUCAACAGUACAAAUAUCCGUAUGGUAAAUAGAUCUCCGUAGUGUAUGACUGUGUUGUGUUUGUUUUGAGUUGAGUAGUGAGGAAAGUAAGUCAUUGGGCAGUAGUGUUCUUGAGGGUUACCUACUUCCCUUCCUUCAUUCGCGUGUUGGUUCCCUCAAAGGACCCUGUAACUUAUUCAGAAACUCGUAUGGAAUGUUUUGGGUUGUGUAGUGAGGGAAGUAAGUAAUUUUGUAUCAGUCUCUCUACAAAAAACAGGUCACCUUCCCUCCUCUCCCUUCAUUCAUGUGUUGGUUCCCUCAAAAGAUCCUAUAAUUUAUUUAGUAACUCAUACGGAAUGUUUUUGGUACACAACUUGUUUCUCUCUUAUAUAAUUUGGACAGGCUUUUAUAUUUAUAAUAUUUAUGACGAAUUAAAGACAAACUGGUAUGAUUAUAA